UGUCUUCCUUGACUCUCAACCAUGGCGUCUCAUCCUGUCGCUGAAUUGACUUCGCCGUCGGCAUGGGCCAUGGUCGAGGACAAGUUCUCGCCCUAUGCGAAGGAGGUUCUCGCGAAGCUUAUCACCUUCGUCCACGAGGAUGUGAUACCAGCUACGAAAGUUGCGCACGCCCAGCUACCCGCUGACCCGGAGAAGCGAUGGAAGACGGUCAUCCCCACUGUCGCAGAACUGAAAGCCAAGGCGCGCCAGCUCGGCUUGUGGAACCUCUUUCUUAGCAGCCAGCACUACCCUGCAUUUGGGGUGCCCCUCACGAACCUCGAGUAUGCCCUCAUGGCGGAAAUAUUGGGGCGUGGGGGUCAGAUGGCGUCGGAAGCCGUGAACUGUUCUGCGCCUGAUACCGGUAACAUGGAGGUCUUGGCCCGCUACGGCUCACCGGAACAGCAGAAGAAGUGGCUCUUGCCUAUUUUGAAUGGGGAGACGCGGUCAGCCUUUUCCAUGACAGAACGCUUCGUCGCAUCGUCGGACGCCACUAAUAUUCGCACAACAAUACGUCAAGAGGGCGACGAGAUUGUUAUCGAUGGACACAAAUGGUACAUCAGUGGCGCUGGUGACCCCAGAUGUGCUCUGCAUCUUGUGCUGGGUAAGAGCGACCCUGACAACAAAGACCGCUAUCGCCAGCAAAGUAUCGUCAUCGUCCCAGCCAAUGCUCCUGGUGUCAAGGUCGUUCGCGCGAUGCAUGUGUUGGGGUACGAUGACGCGCCGGAAGGGCAUUGUGAGAUCAUAUACGAGAAUGUCCGCGUCCCGCUGGAGAACCUGGUCUUGGGAUGGGGCAGGGGCUUUGAGAUCAUUCAAGGCCGUCUGGGACCCGGUCGUAUCCAUCAUUGCAUGCGGUCCAUCGGAGCCGCUCAAUACGCGCUUGAUUUAAUGAUUGAGCGCGUGACAAAUCCGGCCAAGAAGACCUUCGGCAAGUAUUUGUACGAGCAUGGAACUGUGAUUUCCGAGAUUGCACAUUCCCGUGCCGAGAUCGAGUCGGCUAGACUCCUUGUAUUGAGUGCGGCUCUGCAGAUUGACAAAGCCAAGGCGAAAGGUGCGCUCAAGGAGAUUGGCAUCGCUAAAUUCGUCGUCCCGUCUAUGGCGCUCCGAGUAGUGGAUCGCGCCAUACAAGCAUAUGGCGCGGAAGGUCUAAGUCAAGACACGCCGCUGGCGUUGAUGUAUGCAAAUUUGCGCACGCUGCGCAUCGCCGAUGGCCCUGACGCGGUACAUAUUCAGCAAAUCGGACAAAGAGAGCUGAAGCGUGCUCCCGAUAUUGCUAAGCAGAUGGCUGAGGUGAAGAAGAGGGAAAAGGCGUUGUUCGAGAAGCAUGGAUUGAAAGCUUCACUGUGAGGUUGUGCGAUGUCAGGUUGUUUGCGAUGUUGUGCAUCGUGCUAGUAUGCGUAGUGCGGCCAACCUGCCAUCAAGUUUGGACUCGGAUUUUUGUACAACAUCAAGGGAGCUUCUCCUAAGCAAUCACCCACUAUAGCCUCUCAAUGUACAGGAUGGUUGUCCACC